AGCUCGGGUAUUGAGUCUCUGACCGUUUUCCAAUCGAACGACGAUGAUGUAAGCGUCGAAAAAUAAUUCUCGGUGCGUCUCGCCCACCACCACGCAAUUACCGCAGCGGAUGUGUGUGAGUAUGCCGUUCUCUGUACAGUACGAAUCAGAGCCUUCCCAUACUCCUCCAAGCGGGGAUAAAAAUAAUAAAUCCAUAUCCAUUCCAUGGCGAAAAUAAUGAUUGUCGGGGAAUCGGAGGCAGGAAAUCGAACGGACAAUGGUUCGAGUUGCCUAUCAAGUUGCUUCGCGUUGUCUUUGAAGCUAGUGUACCCUCGGUUCCCCUACGGGAUGGAUAGAUAAAACGUUUUGAAAACAUCUUGCUGAGUCGGUUCUCGUAUGGACAAAAUCAACAAACUCGCUCAAAAGUUUACUAGCACUGGAACGGUUCGCACGCAGUAGGGAAACCGUUGUUUCGUUUAAAUCGAAAGAAGAUAAGUGCGUGGUUACUAACUUUGUACAGUUUCAAACGAAUCGUUAAGACCUUGAUAGUGGUGAGGUGGUGCAGAAGUCGGUUAACUGUUUGCAAGUGAUUUCGGAACCAUACGCAAAAAGAAGUUCUGAGUUGUUGCCUAUAGGCAGACAGCCACCGAUCAGCUGCUUGUGCCUCUUCCACAAACUCGUUCCGAGCUUGGUGUUCUACCAGUCUGUGUUGUGUCGGUCGUUCAAGAAAGAUAGUUUGUUUCUAGUCCAGCUAGCAGUACAUCAUGGGAUUCAAACAAAAAGUGUUCAAAGUUGGCCUGUUCGUUAUGAUUGUGGCCAUUUUACCCGGACUGCCGCCUUAUCCGACGUUUCCGUUCAAAUCAUUCAGUGUCACACCACCUCGUCCACUGGAGGACAUUUUAGCUCCUAACCAACUGCUGAACAAUGCAGAACACCUACUGGAACAUCAACUGGCAUCUCCGGAUACGAUCCUCGUACGAGGAAACAUGACCUAUGUCACGGUUUACGGCGGGAAAAUUCUGGAGCUUACCAAUGAUGAACAGAUUCGGGUGGUUGCCAAGUUCGGCAAGGAAUGUCGAAGCCACUACGACGACCGAGAGUGCGGCCGAGUGCUGGGGAUGGCCUUCGAUAGCCAGGGAAACAAUUUGAUCGUGAUCGAAGCGUACAGCGGUAUCUGGCAAGUGCAGAUCAAAACGGGAGAAAAGAAGCAACUGAUUUCCCUGGACACCGUCAUUGAAGGAGGAAAAGUUUCGCGAAAACCGAAAUUUCCAAACGCGUUGGCGGUAGCUCGGAAUGGUGACAUCUAUUGGUCGGAUUUUUCUUCAGAUUUCCUGUUCGAGGAUGCAAUGAUUGCGAUGUUGAUGAAUCCUUCCGGUAGACUUGUACACUACUCACGUGCGACUGGCAAAAGUAAAGUGCUGAUAGACGAAGUUUACGGUGCGAAUGGCAUUGUCUUGAAUGCCGAUGAAAGUUUCGUUCUGGUAGGUGAAACCGGCGGUCAACUGAUUUAUCGGUACUAUUUGAAGGGUUCUAAAUCCGGAACGUAUGACAUAUUCGCGGAUGGACUACCAGGAUCGGUCGAUAAUUUAAUGGCCGAUGAGAAUGGGAUUUGGGUUGGAAUUGUGAUUGCAGCCGAUCCGAACAAUCCUUCCGCACUGGCUCUUUUAGCUCCGUUUCCCAUUUUGCGGAAAUUCUGCGUCAGAAUGUUGACCUUCAUUGAACUUCCGUUCGAAUUUGUUUACCAAAAAACAGGCAAUCAGCUGGCUCUGCAUGCAUCGCAUUUCAUCGGGAACUUGUUGAGUGCGAAGGCUCUAUUUCCGAAGCGGAGUACCGUGUUACGAUUGGAUUGGGAAGGUAACAUUGUGGCGGCUCUACACGGCGACGAUGGAACUGCCAGUCUCGUUGCGCACGCCACACAGAACGGAGAGUACCUGUUACUUGGUUCGCCGGCUACUUCGUGGAUUGGCCGGGUUCGGCUGAACGAGGAAACGCUUAAGACUGUUGGGUCCAAAGUACGCCUAGGUUCGGCGAAGAAACCGUCACCUAAACCGGUGAUAGUAGAUAAAUCGAAGCAGAAGGUUGAUGGUGAAUUGUAGGUUUUUUUUAGUGGCUGUUGGUUGUAGGG